AUGUCUUACCCCACUAAAGGCGAUGUUCUCAUUAUCCCUGCCUAUAGUGCAGAAUCUGAGCUCGCGACCCUGGACAUUCAGUGGUCUCAGUCUUUCCGCACCCGCACUGCUCGCUACUAUGUCGUCCGAGCCCAGAACCAGUCCAAGGGCAACGUCGACGUCCUUCUUUUUGUCCAGGACCGUUUCUACAAGGAAGAAGGUAGCAAUGACUACAUUGGCAAGAUUGCUAGGAGGGAGGGCAACUCCUGGAUUGUCAGCAUCAGUGACCGGUUCCAGUACGGUCAGAAGAACAAGAAUGGCGACGGCCGCUGGGUAGCCCUCCAUGACAAGGACAACAAACCAUACCAGCACCGCUUCAUGAUUACAACUAUCCAGGGUCAAGCUGCGGAGUGGGCUAAGAUCCUUGCGAGGCAGUUCGGUGCUGGAGAGAUUGCGGAUGCCGUCAGCAAGCUGGGCAAUAGCUUCAUCGGUGACUACCUUCACACUUUCUAA